AUUGCAUGUGUCUAUUUGUAUGGAUGUAUAUGGUAGUGAGAUAAGAUCAAAAGACAAGUGUCAAUAGAGUAAGAUGGAUGCAAUAUGUGUCAAUAGAGCAAGAGAGGGAUAUGAUGCAAUAAUAAAACUGGAAGCAUUUACUCUAUAAUCGCAGAUAUAUAACAGUUAUGAUUUUGGACGACUAGUCUAGAUUUAGAUUUGAAUUUUUAUAUAAUAAUUAUAAAAAGAAGAAGCUGAAAUGAUCAUUGAGAAGCCAUGCAUGCAUGUUCACAUUACAUUGGACAUUAGGGCUUCAUGGUGGGUAGAAUUUGGUGAAGUUGGUUGGACAAAUCCUCACAUAAAUCCAUAUUAUGUUUCUAUAAUUAUAUUUAUGCAGAUAUUAAGACGGACGUUAUUUUUAUAAACAUAGUAAUGUAAUCUAAAAGGAACAUUAAUAUAUACGCCGACAUAUAUUUUAUUACACACUACAGUUGAUAUAUUAAGGUCAUAUAAAUACACAUAUGUUUUAUAAUAAUAAAAAGGGUACGUACGUAUGGGUAGAGAAAUACCUUGAAUCGUCAAAAUGUUAGCUGUAAUUAUCAACAGUUGAAAAAGACUACCCGUGGCCGCUUCUACCUCAAGAUCGGUAUUUGGUACACAAAUCAUUAUUUAUUUUAAUAUAUAGUUUAGUUAUAUAAGUGAAUAUAUAAACCCCAUCUAUGUCACAUUAAUUAUUGAAAAGCUUCUAAGCAGUCAAUAUUCUCCUUCGUCCUCUUCAAGAGAGAGAGAGAGAGGAGAAACCCUUCUUUUUCUUUUGUUGUCUUUCAUUUAGAUUUGUAAAAAGAUAACAAGAAAUGGAAGAAAAUCUUCCUCCGGGAUUCAGAUUUCAUCCUACUGACGAGGAGCUCAUAACUCAUUAUCUAUGUAGGAAAGUCUCCGAUAUUGGAUUCACCGGUAAAGCUGUCGUCGACGUUGAUCUCAACAAGUGUGAACCUUGGGAUUUGCCAGCCAAGGCUUCAAUGGGAGAGAAAGAGUGGUAUUUCUUCAGCCAAAGGGAUCGGAAAUAUCCAACCGGUUUAAGGACAAACCGGGCAACAGAAGCUGGUUACUGGAAAACCACCGGGAAAGAUAAAGAAAUAUACAGAAGUGGAGUGUUGGUUGGGAUGAAGAAAACCCUAGUUUUCUACAAAGGAAGAGCUCCCAAAGGUGAGAAAAGCAAUUGGGUUAUGCAUGAGUACAGGCUUGAGAGCAAACAACCUUUCAACCCCACAAAUAAGGAGGAAUGGGUAGUGUGUAGGGUUUUCGAAAAGAGCACGGCAGCAAAGAAAGCACAAGAACAACAACCUCAAUCUUCUCAACCAUCUUUUGGAUCUCCAUGCGAUGCAAACUCAUCAAUGGCAAAUGAGUUUGAAGAUAUUGAUGAGCUUCCCAAUCUGAAUUCAAACUCAUCAACCAUCGAUUACAAUAAUCAUAUCCAUCAAUAUUCGCAACGCAAUGUUUACUCAGAAGACAACACUACAAGUACGGCUGGUCUCAACAUGAACAUGAACAUGGCUAGUACUAAUCUUCCGUCUUGGACAACAAGUCUACUUGGUCAGCCUUUAUCUCCAAUCAACUCUUUGUUGCUCAAGGCUUUCCAAAUUAGGAACUCUUAUAGUUUCCCAAAAGAGAUGAUCCCCAGUUUCAAUCAUUCUUCUCUUCAACAAGGAGUCUCCAAUAUGAUCCAAAAUGGUUCAAGUUCGUCUCAAGUGCAACCCCAACCGCAAGAGGAAGCGUUUAAUAUGGACUCCAUAUGGUGAAGGGAUUCAAAUUAAUUCAUGUAUAUUAGAUUUGAAUUACCCAACUUGUUCUUAUGUAAUCUCCAUCAAUUUUAUCAAUUGUACCAUUUACACAAACAUACAUAGAUCAUUUAUGGGAUCAAGUAAAUUAAUUAGUGCAUCUUAUAUGUGAAUGUAGGGAAAAGUCUUCCCAUGCAUA